AUGGCCGACCCCAAGAUUCAGGAACUCCUCACCAAGUCUCGUAACGAACUCACCGAGUACGAGAUUGCCCAGCUCGAAGAGUACGAGUUCUCCUCCGGCCCCCUCUCCAUCCUCCAGACGGCCGUGAGAUCGCACACGCAGGUGCUCAUCUCUAUUCGCUCGAACCGCAAGCUGCUGGCACGUGUCAAGGCUUUCGACAGGCAUUGCAACAUGGUGCUCGAGAAUGUGAAAGAGAUGUGGACCGAGACGCCCAGAUUAGCAGAUGGAAAGAAGGGCCGACCGGUCAACAAGGAUAGAUUUAUCAGCAAGAUGUUUCUAAGAGGUGAUAGCGUCAUCCUCGUUCUUCUCAGCUAG